AUCUCAAUAAUGUCCCUCUCCCUCCUUAAUCCGUUCACCAUCAACGUUACCAAAUCUGCAAAACCCUAAUGACCUCGUGGAGACUUGGACCCAUUAGCUGCAAAACACAACACGGCACCACACCAACAUAUUUGUCACGUGCACCUUGGCAUAUAUAGCACCUACAUUUUCCCUUUCCCUUUCCCUGCAAGCUCCGAUUACUCCUCGGCUCCUCCCCAAUUUUCCCACUACUACGCCGCCACUCUCACACGCGCCACCAUGCAAUCCACCUUCGUCUCGCCACGUGCCAACCCAACCAAAGUCGCAAACCCUUUCCAUGGCGUCAUUAGUCAGCCCCAUUUCUUGACACGCCCCUCGUCUCUCCGCGUUGUAGCACAAUCGCAGCCUGUUGUUGCCACAGACCCUUCACAGGCAUCUACCGUAGCUCACAAACUGAACAAGUACAGUUCUCGCAUCACUGAGCCCAAAUCCCAAGGCGGGUCACAAGCAAUCCUCCAUGGAGUUGGUCUAUCAGACGAAGACCUCAAUAAACCUCAGAUAGGUAUCUCCUCAGUCUGGUACGAAGGGAACACUUGCAAUAUGCACUUGCUGAGGCUAUCAGAGGCUGUUAAGGAAGGAGUGAAAGAGGCAGGGAUGGUUGGCUUCAGGUUUAACACAAUUGGGGUCAGCGAUGCUAUCUCUAUGGGAACUAGAGGGAUGUGUUAUAGCUUGCAAAGUAGAGAUUUGAUUGCGGAUAGUAUUGAGACUGUCAUGAGUGCUCAGUGGUAUGACGGGAAUAUCUCCAUCCCUGGUUGCGAUAAAAAUAUGCCAGGUACAAUUAUGGCAAUGGGGAGGCUCAAUCGACCUAGUAUUAUGGUUUAUGGUGGAACCAUAAAGCCCGGACAUUAUAAUGGUCAUUCUUAUGAUAUAAUAUCUGCCUUUCAGGUUUAUGGAGAAUACGUAAAUGGUUCUAUAAGUGAUGAGGAUAGAAAAAAUGUAGUCCACAAUUCGUGCCCUGGUGCAGGGGCUUGUGGUGGAAUGUAUACAGCUAACACAAUGGCUUCUGCUAUCGAGGCCAUGGGAAUGUGUCUUCCUUACAGCUCUUCAAUACCUGCUGAAAACCCAUUGAAGUUGGAUGAGUGCCGUUUAGCUGGAAAGUAUCUUUUAGAAUUAUUGAAAAUGGACUUGAAACCACAAGAUAUUAUCACUCCUCAGUCACUACGUAAUGCAAUGGUUGUUGUCAUGGCAUUGGGUGGGUCUACCAAUGCUGUGUUACACUUAAUUCCAAUUGCCAGGUCUGUUGGACUGGAGUUAACACUUGAAGAUUUCCAGAAGGUUAGCGAUGAGGUUCCAUUCCUUGCAGAUCUAAAGCCUAGUGGUAAAUAUGUCAUGGAGGAUGUGCAUAAGAUUGGAGGAACACCUGCAGUCCUUCGCUAUCUUUUGGAACAUGGUUUUCUGGAUGGGGAUUGUUUGACUGUGACUGGGAAGACAUUGGCUGAAAAUGUGCAAAACUGCCCACCUUUGUCUGAGGGACAGGACAUAAUAAGGCCAUUGGAGAACCCCAUCAAGAAAACAGGUCACAUCCAAAUAUUACGAGGGAAUCUUGCACCAGAGGGUUCUGUAGCAAAAAUCACUGGAAAAGAAGGACUCUAUUUCUCUGGUCCUGCACUUGUCUUUGAAGGAGAGGAAGCUAUGCUUGCAGCUAUCUCGGAAAAUCCUAUGAAUUUUAAGGGGAAAGUAGUAGUUAUAAGAGGUGAGGGGCCUAAGGGAGGACCAGGCAUGCCUGAAAUGCUAACUCCAACAAGUGCAAUCAUGGGAGCUGGUCUCGGGAAGGAUUGUGCAUUGUUGACUGAUGGUAGGUUUUCAGGAGGUUCUCAUGGAUUUGUUGUUGGUCAUAUAUGCCCCGAAGCACAGGAAGGUGGUCCAAUUGGUCUCGUUAGAAAUGGCGACAUCAUCAGAAUUGAUGUCCGAGAGAGGAGAAUAGAUGUUGAUGUAACAGACCAGGAAAUGGAAGAACGAAGAAAGAAUUGGACUCCCCCUCCAUAUAAGGCUACAUGUGGAGUUUUGUACAAGUACAUCAAGAACGUACAAUCAGCUUCCAGGGGAUGUGUGACUGAUGAGUAGUGGAGAGGACAAUGUUUAGGACUGUAGAGUGCGAUGGAAGCACAAAUCUUUGCUUGCCAGACUGCUGUAUCGGGCAACUUAUUCUGGCUCUUACUAGGAUUUUCAUUUGGCCCUUCAACUAUUGUUUCGUCUGUGAAAUUUUUAUUACUUUCUAUGUAUUUGCUUUCUUUGUGUCAUGUAAUCUUCUCAAUAAAAUUUUGACAUCUAUUCAGAAUUUAUAGGCAAUUCAUUG